UCGCGACCUGGCCCAGCCGUCGGGGCCGAGGUCCCAGGUCCUGGCCGGCGCCAUGGAGCGGCGCUGGCCCCCGGGGCUCGCGCUGCUGCUGCUGCUGCUGCUGCUGCUGCUCUGCGCCCCGCUGCCCCCGGGGGCGCGCGCCGAGGAAGUCACUUUGAUGGACACAAGCAAGGCACAAGGAGAGUUGGGCUGGCUUCUGGAUCCCCCGGAGGACGGGUGGAGUGAGGGGCAACAAAUGCUGAAUGGGACACCCCUGUACAUGUAUCAGGACUGCCCAGUACAGGAAAGUGGAGACACUAACCACUGGCUUCGCUCCAACUGGAUCUACCGAGGGGAGGAAGCUUCGCAUGUCCAUGUAGAGCUGCAGUUCACUGUGCGGGAUUGUAAGAGUUUCCCAGGGGGAGCUGGGCCUCUGGGAUGCAAGGAAACCUUCAACCUUCUCUACAUGGAGAGUGACCAGGAUGUGGGCAUUCAGCUCCGACGGCCUUUGUUCCAAAAGGUAACCACCGUGGCUGCAGACCAGAGCUUCACCAUUAGAGACCUGGAGUCUGGCUCUAUGAAACUGAAUGUAGAGCGCUGCUCCUUGGGCCGCCUGACCCACCGUGGCCUCUACCUAGCUUUCCACAACCCAGGUUCCUGUGUGGCCCUAGUGUCUGUAAGAGUGUUCUACCAGCACUGUGCAGAGACUGUGCAUGGCUUGGCCCACUUCCCUGACACUCUCCCUGGACCUGGAGGGUUGGUAGAAGUGGCUGGAACCUGCGUCUCCCAUGCACAGAUCAGCCCGGGGUCUGCAGGUACACCACGUAUGCACUGCAGCCCUGAUGGUGAGUGGCUGGUGCCUGUGGGGCAGUGCCACUGCAAGCCUGGCUACGAGGAAAGCGGUGGCAGUGUGGCAUGCACCGCCUGCCCUGUUGGCUCCUACCGAAGGGACAUGGAAACACUCCAUUGUCUCAAGUGCCCCCAACAUAGCACAGCCGUGUCUGCGGGGGCCACCAUCUGUACCUGUGAGAAUGGACAUUACCGAGCCCCUGGGGAGGGCCCACAGGUAGCAUGCACACGUCCCCCAUCGGCUCCCCAAAAUCUGAGCUUCUCUGUAUCAGGGACUCAGCUCUCCCUGCGUUGGGAGCCCCCCAAAGAUACAGGGGGACGCCAUGAUAUCAGAUACAGUGUGGAGUGCUUGCAAUGUCGAGGCAUCGCACAGGAUGGGGGUCCCUGCCAACCCUGUGGAAAAGGCGUGCGCUUCGCCCCAGGGGCUUCAGGGCUCACUGCAUGUACUGUGCAGGUGGAAGGCCUUGAGCCUUAUGCCAACUACACAUUUACCAUCAAAUCCCAAAACAGAGUGUCGGGACUGGACAGUUCCAGCCCUAGCAGUGCUUCCCUCAGCCUCAACAUGGGGCAUGCAGAGUCACUCUCUGGCCUGUCCCUGAGGCUGGUGAAGAAAGAGCCGAGGCAGCUGGAGCUGACUUGGGCAGGGUCCCGACCCCGAAAUCCUGGAGGGAAUCUGAGUUAUGAGCUGCAUGUGCUGAACCAGGAUGAAGAAUGGCAUCAGAUGGUUCUGGAACCCAGGGUCUUGUUGACAAAACUCCAGCCAGACACCACAUAUAUUGUGAGAGUACGGACAUUGACCCCACUGGGCCCUGGCCCUUUCUCCCCUGACCAUGAGUUUCGGACAAGCCCACCAGUUUCCAGGAGCCUGACCGGAGGAGAGAUUGUGGCCAUCAUCUUUGGGUUGCUGCUUGGAAUAGCUCUGCUGAUCGGGAUUUAUGUCUUCCGUUCAAGGAGAGGUCAGCGGCAGAGACAGCAGAGGCAGCGUGAACGUGCCACCAAUGUCGAUCGAGAGGACAAGCUGUGGCUAAAACCCUAUGUGGACCUCCAGGCCUAUGAGGACCCUGCACAGGGAGCCUUGGACUUUGCCCAGGAACUAGACCCAGCCUGGCUGAUUGUAGACACUGUCAUAGGGGAAGGAGAGUUUGGGGAAGUGUAUCGGGGAGCCCUGAGACUCCCCAGCCAAGACUGCAAGACCGUGGCCAUUAAGACCUUGAAAGACACAUCCCCAGAUGGCCAGUGGUGGAAUUUCCUUCGAGAAGCAACUAUCAUGGGCCAGUUCAAUCACCCACACAUUCUCCGCCUAGAAGGUGUUGUCACAAAAAGAAAGCCCAUCAUGAUCGUCACAGAAUUUAUGGAAAAUGGAGCCCUGGAUGCCUUUCUAAAGGAACGAGAGGACCAGCUAGCUCCUGGUCAGCUAGUGGCUAUGCUUCUGGGCAUAGCAUCGGGCAUGAACUACCUCAGUGGCCACAAUUAUGUCCAUAGAGACCUGGCUGCCAGGAAUAUCUUGGUGAAUCAGAACCUGUGCUGCAAGGUAUCUGACUUUGGCUUAACCCGCCUCCUGGAUGACUUUGAUGGCACCUACGAAACCCAGGGAGGGAAGAUCCCCAUCCGCUGGACAGCCCCAGAAGCUAUUGCCCACCGGAUCUUCACCACAGCCAGUGAUGUGUGGAGCUUUGGGAUUGUAAUGUGGGAGGUGCUGAGUUUUGGUGACAAGCCUUACGGGGAGAUGAGCAAUCAAGAGGUAAUGAAAAGCAUCGAAGACGGCUACCGGUUGCCCCCUCCUGUGGACUGCCCUGCCCCUCUGUAUGAGCUCAUGAAGAACUGCUGGGCUUAUGACAGGACCCGGCGGCCUCACUUCCUCCAGCUGCAGGCACAUCUGGAACAGUUGCUUACUGACCCCCAUUCCCUAAGGACCAUUGCCAACUUUGACCCCAGGGUGACCCUCCGCCUGCCCAGCCUGAGUGGCUCUGAUGGGAUCCCUUACCGAAGUGUCUCUGAGUGGCUCGAGUCCAUACGCAUGAAGCGCUACAUCCUGCACUUCCGUUCGGCUGGGCUGGACACCAUGGAGUGUGUGCUGGAGCUGACAGCUGAGGACCUGACGCAGAUGGGAAUCACAUUGCCGGGGCACCAGAAGCGCAUUCUCUGCAGUAUUCAAGGAUUUAAGGACUGAGUGGCCACUGAAAAGACACUUCAUCUCUCUGCCCCCUCCAUGAGCAAGGACAGGGCUGUGGUCACAGCCUGGGCCUUUCCUCAGCCUACAAGAUGUAGGCUAUUGGUGCUGCUCCUGCUCAUUCAAUCAGGACUCUGCCUUUGGACCAAGGAGCCUUUGUUUAUAAAAGGGAGGUGGGCGGUACAAGUGAAGGGGAAUUGUGGAUGGGCGGGUGCUGGGGGAGGGUUUAAUAUAUAUAUGUGUAUACUUAUAUAUGCAUUAUCUAUUUUUGUAAAUAAACAGGAGUUGAGUUU